AUGAUUAGCACAAUUACUAUAGCCAGUCUUGACUUUUGUGGGCCGAAUGUAAUCGACCAUUUCUUCUGUGAUUUCUCACCACUGUUAAAACUUUCCUGCUCAGAUACAUUCUUUGUUUACUUAGAUAUACUACUCAAUAGCGUACCUUUCAUUUUCAUACCUUUCUUAGCCGUUAUGAUAUCCUAUGGUUAUAUUAUUUUUAACAUCUUAAAAAUAUCAUCCAACACUGGAAAACGGAAGGCGUUCUCCACCUGCAGCGCUCACUUGAUGGUGGUUUCUAUAUUUUAUAUAGCUCUAAUUGUUAUCUAUGACCUUCCAACAAGCGGACAGUCAUGGACUAUAAACAAAUUAGUAUCUCUGUCCUUUACAGUGGGGACACCAUUGAUUAAUCCAAUUAUAUACAGCUUGAGAAACAGGGACAUAAAAAUUGCAUUUGCUAAGUUCAUACAUUUUUUUUAUUAA